CCUUAUCCUUGUCACCUAUCAAAUGGAAAACUCCAAUCCAACUAAGUAAUGAAUGCUUAACUUCAACAGUUAUAGGAAAAUUAUACUCUCCCAAUUCACUUCUAAGCUCAAUGGCGGCUACUAUAGCUUCUGCUUCAUCUUCUAUCUUCAAUAGAAUCUACAAUCUCUCAUUUAUUCACUCUUCCAUUUCACUCACCACCACAAACUUCCAUCAAAGACCCAUUUCCCAUAAACACUUCAAUCUCAUCCUCAACUCUCAAAGUUUCAAUCUUUCUCCUCUCCCACUUCAAUCUCUUCAUCCCCCAUUCGCUGCCGAAGUUGAAUUCCAAACUUCUCAAGAUACCACAAUUUCACAACAAGAAGAACCAGAAACAGAACAAGAAACCUCUGAUAAACCACAACAAGAGGAAGAAGAACAGAAAGUAUCAACCUCAGAUGAUGCUGGAAGACUCUAUGUUGGAAAUUUGCCAUUUACAAUUACUUCUUCACAAUUGACUGAAAUCUUUGCAGAAGCUGGCACUGUCGUGUCUGUUGAGAUUGUGUAUGAUCGAGUUACAAACAGGAGCAGAGGAUUUGCAUUUGUUACAAUGAAAAGUGUUGAAGAAGCUAAAGUAGCAAUUCAAAUGUUUGAUGGCUCUCAAGUUGGUGGUAGGAGUGCUAAGGUAAAUUUUCCAGAAGUGCCAAAAGGAGGUGAAAGGUUGGUAUUGGUACAAAAAAAUAGAGACAACUACAAAGGCUUUGUAGACAGCCCUCACAAGAUCUAUGCUGGAAACCUUGGCUGGGGACUGAACUCUCAGGAUCUUAGAGAUGCCUUUGCUGAACAGCCAGGCAUAUUGGGUGCCAAAGUCAUCUAUGAGAAGGAUAAUGGAAGAUCUCGAGGUUUCGGAUUUGUCACUUUUGAAACUGCUGAGAAUUUAAAAGCUGCUUUGAAAGCUAUGAACGGUGUGGAGGUUCAAGGUCGGCCCUUGCGAUUGAAUCGGGCAUCAGAUAGAACAUCAUCGUCAUCUGUGCCUCCAGUAAUUGAGGAAAAUAUGAAAAACAACGUUGAUAGCUUGGAAUUGGUUUCUAGUGCCAGCACGUGAGGAAAUGUGAUUAAUCAAAAGUUUUGCCUGCAAAAUGCACAUCAUUUAGCUUUUCCCUUCUCCAAGUCACAUAUACUAUCUGUCAAACUAGUCACACUUUCAGGUAGUUGUGAGAUGUAUCUAUAAGAGGCUAAUGUCAAUUAUAUGGUUUGUAAUUGUGAAGAACAAGCUUCCAAAGUUUGAUGGGCUAAUAAUUUACCACUCUUAUUCAUUAUCAAUCAACAAGUUCUAUAACAAUGCACUAAUUGAUUUCAUGUGCAA